AAGAAUUAUUAUUUAUGUUUUUAAUUGAAAUAAAAAGGUGUACAAAAAGGUGUAUUUUCGUGAACGUGCAUUUCCAUCCUCCUCGUCUCGUUUUCAUUUCCGAUGUUAUUUCUAAUUUUACGUUUACUUUAUCGAAUGAACCAUUUGAAUAAUAAUCACUAACAACAUGGCGACGGAUGAACCUACGGACCAAACAGAUCUGACGUGCGUAGAAGAAAGUCUUAUGAGCUUAGAAAAAUUAGAUCGAGCAUCACCAGAUUUAUGGCCAGAGCAAACGACCGAUGAAGUUCCAGGUGUCAACGAGUUUGUAGCUCAAAAUUCACCGCAAUUGGAGCCAGCCACUUGGGCAUCCGGAUUAACGGCAGAUGACCUAAAUCAGUUGCAUCAAUUGGGAAAUUUAUCCAUGACAGGACUCAUAUCAGAAGUCAAAAAAUUACACGAUUUGGCCUAUCAACUUGGCAUGGAAGAGGCUAAAGAAAUGACCCGUGGCAAAUAUUUAAAUAUAUUUAAACAUAAAUGAUAAUAGAGGCAGCCCUCGAGAUAUGAAUGGAAACGAACGAAUGUAAUAUAUGUAUGUAUUUCAAUUAGAUUUUAAGGCAAAUCAAGUUGUAAGUAUUCUUGUAUAAAGCGUUUAAAGAUUUUCUAAAAGCCA